AUGGGCAUAAGCCUUUGAAGUUUAAAGAAAGGCAUCCCUGGGGUUUCUCUCUCUGUGUGACUAACAUAAAAUAAUUAGAGAGAGAGAGAGAGGAUAUGGGUUCGAAGAGGUAUGCGCUAUUGAUGUGCGGUGAGGAUUCGGAGUACUUGGUGAAGAUGCACGGAGGCACCUAUGGGGUAUUCAUGAAGUUGCUCCAAGAGCAAGAGGAAAAGUGGGACCUCUACAAGCUCGUCCAAGGAGAGUUCCCGGAGCAGCAUGACUUGCCUCUCUACGAUGGCUUUGUCAUCAGUGGAAGCUGCUAUGAUGCACAUGCCAAUGACCCAUGGAUCCUUGACCUCAUUGCUCUCGUUAUCAAAUUGGACUCCAUGCACAAGAAGAUCCUUGGCAUUUGCUUUGGCCACCAGAUAAUUGGGCGUGCAUUGGGAGGAAAAGUGGGUCGCUCUCCCAAUGGUUGGGACAUUGGUGUUAAAGCUAUAAACGUGUCAUCAUCUUUACCCUUGGCUUUCUCAUCUCUUAAGCUCCCAUCAAAGCUUUCCAUUUACAAAUGUCACCGGGAUGAGAUCCUAGAGCUCCCUCCAAAAGCAGAGGUGAUUGCUUGGUCAGAAAUGACUGGAGUUGAGAUGUUUAGCUAUGGAGACCACAUGUUUGGCAUCCAAGGCCACCCGGAAUUCACCUAUGACCUUCUCUUGUUCUUUAUUGACCGUAUUAUUCAGCGAAAUUUGGUCCAGGAAGCGUUUGCUGUGGAUGCAAAGGUUAAGGCGGCAUCGCAAGAGCCAGAUAAAGAGAUAUUGAAAAGAUUGUGCGUUGAUUUUCUAAAGGGUCGAUUGUGACUGACAAUUCAAUAUGAAUAGACAAAUAAUAUUUUUGAGAUAUUAUUAUUGUGUAAGAGGGUUUUUAUUAAUUAGAAGAAGCAACACUUGGGCUGCGUGUGGCCUUUGCCUAAUGUUAGCCAUGCUAUUGCUAGGUUGGUAUCCAUUAUGAACAAUGACUAUGGGUGCAGUCAAUGCCCCGGUAUUCCACAAGAAUUAUCUAAUUUCUUCAUUCUAAUUCAAUUAACUAUUAGUAAUUCCUA